GUAGUUCCAUGUGGAUCGAUAAAUAGUGUUUCAUUCAAGUCUUAGCUUGCUUUAUUUAUCUCGAUCUAGAUCUAUAUCUUUUCUUCAUAAAAGAGCACUGGAAUUUAGUUUCUCGAAUAUUGAACACAAUAGUUUUUUUUUUUUUAAAUUAAGAGCUAAAAAGUAAUUAUGGCCGCAACCAAAAGGGGUCAGGCUGAACUUCAGAUGAAAUGCAAAAAAGCCCUUCAGACUACAACAGAUCCAGUAGAAAGGCUCAGAUUAGCUUGCUUAGCAAGAGGUGCCAGUGGGAUAAAAGGCUUAGCAAGAACCUUCAAAAUAAUGGAUGAUGAUGAAAACAGAAGUUUAGACAAAAAAGAAUUUGCAAAAGGUCUACAUGAUUAUGGACUUGUUGAAUUUAGCAAUGCCCAAAUAGAUGAACUUUUUAAAAUAUUUGAUAAGGAUGGUAGUGGAACUAUUGAUUUUGAUGAAUUUUUAAUAAGACUAAGGCCUGCCAUGUCACAGAACCGACGGAACCUUAUAUAUCAAGCUUUUAGAAAAUUAGACAAAACUGGAGAUGGGGUUGUCACCAUUGAAGACUUAAAAGGUGUUUAUAGUGCCAGCAAGCACCCCAAAUACUUGAGUGGGGAGUGGACAGAAGAUCAAGUUUUAAGACAAUUUCUUGAUUCUUUUGACAGUGAUGACAAAGAUGGAAAGAUAACAAAAGAAGAGUUUGAAAACUAUUAUGCUGGAGUGAGCGCCUCUAUUGACAACGAUGCUUACUUUGACUUAAUGAUGCGCACAGCAUAUAAACUCUAAAUAUAUUUUAAAUUCAUUUCAUACCUAGAACAUACAUUAAACUUAUGGUAUGGUAGGUCUGCUGACAGGGUAAUUUUAUUUCAAUAAUCAUUUGUUAACAAGCUGAGAUUUUCAGCACUUUGUUUUGUCUGUACAUGCAUCUUUAUAAACAAUUAAAGUAAUGAAUUCUAGAAUAGUGUUGAAACACUGUGAAAUAUUUUAUGCUUAUCUUUGAAUAGAUAUUAAAUAUAGCAGAACAGCCUUAAAGAUGUAUUUGUAUACCACAAAUGGUUGCUCUCAUAUUAAACAUUUAUAGUGACGUUUUUUGUAUUCAGGUAAAAACAAUGCUCACUGUAAACUUCAAAUUUGUUCAACACUUUCUUGUAGUUUAACAUUUUAAAUAAUUAAUGUAACACAAAUAUACUUGUUUAAAUGCCAUAUGCUAGCAGUUAUAAUGUUAUAGCAAUUUGAAAAAAUGUAACUACCAUACUUAUUUGGUAAGCUGAACUUUGAACAUGGCUUAUAAGUCUGUAUAUUAACUUGAUAGUUACAUAGCUCACAUUCCAUUUAUUAGUUCUUUUAAUCUAUACAAUUGUUACUAUGUUAUUGGAACAUAUUUACAUUCAAACUCUAUACAUUUAAAUUCAGCACUGAUUGGAUGCAAAGAGCAUUGGUAUGAUUAAUAUGUUUAUGCACACUUUACAAAGAGAAAAGAAACAAGUAAAGCACUUGCUAUGUAGUCAAUCACAUUCACCACAAGUCUAUAAGUAGUCGUUUUACAUUAUUUUGUUAUUUCUCAUAGGACAGACUGAAACAUGAAUAUCUCAGGAUGUAGUUUCAUCUCAUGUGAAAAUGCAUGUAUAUAAAUGUUGAAUGUUCAGAUACAAUUGCUUUUAUUAUAUUAUUAAAUUGUGAUCAUCCUAGAUAUAAAACAAAAAAGCUGUUACCUUUACAACUAUACAUGAAUACAUUGUCAUGUUUUAGAAACAAAAUAGACGACAACAUAAGUCAGCAUAUUCAAUUAUUUUUGAUAGGAAGUUGUGGCACAUUGUAUGCACUGCAUAUUACAAUGUUAUAUAAAUGUGGCCUUACACAUGAGAAUAAACAGUUAAACUAAUUAGAA